UCCGCGCCGCGCCUUGCCAUAUCGCCGAACACCUCGCGCGCGCCGCGGGUGGGGUUCUCCUCCUGACGCGCCGGAGUGCCGUACGCGCGCGCGGUGGAGUGAUCGAUCGACUCGGGCGCGGGGAGGGGGAGGGGAGGGGAGGUGGGGGGGAAUGGAGGGGAGGGCGGCGGGGUGGGUGAGGGUGGCGGCGGUGGGGUGGGCGGUGGCGGCGUGCGCGGUGGCGGCGGGGAUGGUGGCGAGGCGAGGGGCGGCGAGGGUGCGGUGGAACAGGGCGGUGGCGGUGGUGCGGGACCUGGAGGAGCGGUGCGCCACGCCCGCGGAGCUGCUGCAGCGGGUGGUCAACUCGCUGGCCAUCGAGAUGUUCGCCGGCCUCGCCUCCGACGGCGGGAGCAAGGUGCGGAUGCUGCUCACCUGCGUCGACGCGCUCCCCGACGGGAGCGAGGAAGGCAUCAGUUAUGCCAUUGAUCUUGGAGGAACAAGCUUUAGAGUCCUGAAAGUAGAACUUGGCGCAGGGUCUACAAUCAUCAAUCGAAAAGUUGAACAUCAGCCUAUCCCCGAAAAUUUGACUAAGGGUACAAGCGAUGAUUUGUUCAAUUUCAUUGCCUCGGCACUGAAGAAUUUUAUUGAAAGAGAGGGUGGGGAGGUUGAGGGGAGGGCACUUGGUUUUACAUUUUCUUUCCCUGUGAGACAGACUUCCAUUUCCUCGGGGACAUUAAUUCGAUGGACUAAAGAAUUUUCAAUUGAAGAGGCUGUCGGGAAAGAUGUUGCUCAGUGCCUAAAUGAAGCCCUUGCUAGGAAUGGACUCAAUAUGAAGGUCAAUGUAUUGGUGAACAAUACUGUGGGGACAUUAGCUCUCGGGCAUUAUUAUGAUGAUGACACAGUAGCUGCUGUGAUUAUUGGAGCUGGCACCAAUGCUUGCUAUAUUGAACGCAACGAUGCAAUUAUUAAAUCUUUGGGUCGCGUUACCAAUUCUGAACGAACGGUAGUAAAUGUGGAAUGGGGUAGUUUUCGGCCUCCACAAAUAGAAUUGACUCCUUAUGAUAUAUGCUUCAACAACGAAACAUGGAAUUAUUAUGACCAGGGUUUUGAGAAAAUGAUCUCUGGUGUGUAUCUUGGGGAAAUUGCAAGAUUGGUGUUCCAAAAAAUGGCUGAAGAGUCAGAUAUAUUUGGUACUGCUGUUGAUGGUCUAUCGACCCCUUUCGUCUUAAGUACACCAAACUUAGCUGCUAUCCGCGAGGAUGAUUCCCCGGACUUGAGAGAAGUCGGCAAGAUACUUGAGGAACAUCUUAAGCUACCAGAUGUUCCCCUCAAGACCCGGAAGCUUGUUGCCAGAGUCUCCGACAUCAUCACCCGGAGAGCUGCCCGCCUAGCAGCGGCUGCGAUUGUCGCGAUACUGCAAAAGAUCGGCUGCGAUGGAACCCUUUGUGGUUCAACUCAGGUUCGAACAAUGCGAGGCGUGCGAAGAAGAACGGUGGUCGCGAUCGAGGGCGGCCUCUUCGAAGGCUACUCGGUCUUCAGAGAGUAUCUGAAUGAAGCUCUAGUUGAGAUCCUUGGAGAGGAGAUUGCAGCCACUGUUAGUCUUAGGGUGAUGGAGGAGGGAUCUGGGACUGGUGCUGCCCUCCUUGCAGCUGCAUAUUCAUCGGCUAGGCAGAAGAACUCCGAGUAGGCAUGAGACACAGAUAUACUCUCUCCUUCCUUUUUUAUAUGACGUUGGUUAGUUCAAAAAUAAACUAAACAACAUCAAAUAAAAAAACAGAGGGAGUAUAUAGGUUAGCCUUAGUCAAUAAAAAAUGGAACAAGAAAAAAGCAGAGCAUUAUGUCAUUCAUAUACAUGUAGCCCAGAUGUGUACAUGGUAGAAAUCAGUGCUUUUGUACAGUCAUUUUCGUUUCUGUUGUAAAAUUAGGUGGUCUUUGUCAAAAUCUUGUUUUCUUCUCUUCUGAUGUCAAUUUCCAAUGCUUGGUUCUGUGUA